UACGGCAUAGUGAAGUGAAGCUGUGUUUUUAUCACAGCGAUCCUGAGAGACAGCCAGACAACCUAAAAGGCUUGCAGACGAGCAGCAUCUCUUUAACAAACAUGGCUAGCUAGAUCCCGACUAGAUUUAACUCAUUUUUAAUUUUUUUUUAGCUUGUGAGCGGCCACACCGGGGAAAAGCCGUCAAGAGAGUCUUAAGAUGCCCUAGACGGCGAGAGGGGGACAUGUAAAUGGCUUCCAAAGUAAAAGAUGCUGUGGUGUGGUACCAGAAAAAGAUUGGCGCCUACGACCAGCAGAUAUGGGAGAAGUCUGUGGAGCAGCGAGAAAUCAAGUUUAUAUCGCUGGGCCUGAGGAACAAGCCAAAGAAGACCGGACACGUCAAACCAGACCUGAUUGAUGUGGACCUAGUUAGAGGCUCAGCCUUUGCGAAGGCCAAACCAGAGAGUCCAUGGACCUCGCUGACACGGAAGGGUAUCGUACGCGUCGUCUUCUUCCCCUUCUUCUACCGAUGGUGGAUCCAGGUCACUUCCAGAGCCAUCUUCCUCUUGCUGCUGGCGCUCUACCUGCUUCAAGUGGCGGCGGCCUUCCUCUACGUGAGCGUCCCUCAGCCUCAUGGCGUACCUGCCACUGAGGUGUUCGGCGCCAUUUGGCUGAUGCUACUGCUGGGCACCGUGCAUUGUCAGAUUGUCUCCACCAGGACGCCGAAGCCUGUCUCCGGUGGCGGCGGGAAGAGACGCAGGAAGUUGAGGAAAGCCUCUCAGAUGGAGGUGCAUAGGGAAGGUGACGGCUCUAGCACUACCGAUAACACACAAGAGGGGGCGCCACACUCCUACUCAGCCGACGCCACGUACAGCCUGGGCACUCUCUUCCACGAUUUCUGGCAUGAUCUCUGUAAAGCUGGGUCCAAGAAGACCAAGCUAUCCAUCGACAAGUCCACAGAAACCGACAACGGCUAUGUGUCGCUCGACGGUCGUGUCACCAACCGCAGCAGCGAGGAGGGUCUCCAACUUCACCAUGAAGUCUUUAACCGCCUUGAUGAGGUGUGCUGGGCAACCCGUGGUCCGCCAUCGCAUGCUCACGCUGCCCGUAGCAUCACCCGUAACAAAGGGCCUGCAUCCGACGAGGCAUCCAGUGAGGAGGACCCCGAGGCCUCUUAUAUUGCCUUACAUAGGGGAGUCGAGAGGCUCAACGCCGACUGCUCGCUACGAAACCGCAAGAGCACACACUACAAGAAACACUACAUUGUGGAGGAUGUUCCUAAGUCCGGCACCAGCUGUAGCUCCAGGUGCUCCAGCCUUAGGACUCAGGACUCAGAGAGCACUCGCCACGAGUCCGAGACAGAGGACCUGCUGUGGGAGGACUUCCUGCACUGCGCCGAGUGCCGAUCAUCCUGCACAUCGGAGACGGAGGGAGAAGGUGGCGGCGCUCCAAUAUGUCCUCCCACCAAGAAGGAAUACAGGGAUGACCCGUUCCAUCAGGGCCACACCCCCUGGCUACACAGCUCCAAUCCAGGCUUGGAGAGGGUGAGCGCCAUCGUGUGGGAGGGCAACGAGUGCAAGAAAGCCGACAUGUCCGUCCUGGAGAUCAGUGGCAUGAUCAUGAACCGAGUGAAUCUGUACACCCCAGGGAUUGGGUAUCAGGUUUUCGGGAAUCUGGUGUCGGUCAUACUGGGACUCACCCCCUUUGCCUACAGACUGGCUCAGCACCGCGACUUGGACCAGCUCACCACGCUCUCAGCCAACGAGCUGCUGGCCGUGGCGCUGGGCGGCGGCUCCGGGUCGGAUGCCAUGGUGGUUACCAUGGUAACAGUGAGCUUCGUGGUGCGCGUGUGCCUCAUCUGGCUCUUCUUUUUCCUGCUCAGCGUUGCAGAGAGGACCUACAAGCAGAGGCUACUCUUUGCCAAACUGUUUGGUCACCUGACUUCAGCCCGUAGAGCCCGGAAGUCCGAAGUUCCUCAUUUCCGACUGAAGAAAGUGCAAAACAUCAAGAUGUGGUUGUCGCUACGCUCCUACCUCAAGCGUCGGGGUCCUCAGCGCUCUGUGGACGUGAUCGUGUCCUCCGCCUUCUUGUUAACGCUCUCUGUGGUCUUCAUCUGCUGUGCGCAGCUGCUACACGUCCACGAAACAUUCCUGGAAUGUCACUACAACUGGGAAUUAGUCGUCUGGUGUUCCAGCCUGUCCCUCUUCCUGCUCAGGUUUGUCACCUUGGGCUCGGAGACCAGCAAGAAGUACAGCAACACCUCCAUCUUGCUCACCGAACAGAUCAACUUAUACCUGAAGAUGGAGAAGAAGCCCAACAAGAAGGAGGAGCUCACGCUGGUCAACAAUGUCUUGAAACUGGCAACCAAACUACUCAAGGAGCUGGACACCCCCUUCAGGCUGUACGGUUUGACCAUGAACCCGCUGCUGUACAACAUCACCCAGGUUGUCAUCCUGUCCGCCGUGUCUGGCGUCAUCUCAGACCUGUUAGGGUUUAACUUGAAGCUGUGGAAGAUCAAGUCGUGACAGGAAGUUGGCGACUCACUCACUCACUCGGCAAGCGACUGAAGAAGACGUAUCAUCACUUUGUGCAAUUGACAAGCUAUUUAGCCGCUCAGUGUUUCAACGUUUUAUUUAAAUGUUCUAUUUAUGAUGUCACUCCGCGCACGCCGCGUACGGACUUCCGUUUUUUUUUGGUUUGCUUUUGGUCAGCACAGUCCCCGUGUGCUGCGUUCACAGGCGCUUUUAUGCUCGUGUUUGGAGUUCUUUAUUUAUGCAUUCUGGUUUUGUUUUUUGUUUUUUAAUAAUAAUCAAGACGUUACAGAGAAAUAUUUGGUACGGUCGCUUCAAUGAUUAGGCCACUCCUCCUGUCAGCUGACCUGUCAUACACGGCUUUUAAAGGGCCAGACUGACAGACAACAAAUAUUGAUGACAUUGAUACAAAUUUCAAGCUUGUCUAAAAAAAAUAAAAAAAAAAAUACAAACAGGGAAUUGAAAUACUUAAACACCAAUGAGGUAUUUUUUUUAAAUAUAAUUGUACUUUUAUUUUGUAUUAUUUAUUUAGCUGCCCUGUUUUGAGUCGCUGACAGUAUUUUAUUACAACAUGUUCCAAACCAAUCAGACGUCAUCAGGCGUGUCUUUAAGAAUGUCAGCAAUAGUCGAAUAUUCAGUAAGAACAAGCUUGUUUUUUGUUUUUAUUUUUUAUUUUUUUUACUUUUCAGUAUUAAGUUGUCACAUCCGACUCGACUUUUGUCAAUUCAAAACCAUGCACUUUAAAUCCACAAAACGUACAGUGAAGUCAUAUUUGCAUCAGUCCAAUCACAUUUUGGCAUAUUCAUCAUGUUUGUGUCUGAAGGAAAGACCAAAGUGCUUACUUUUAUUGCUCCUUUUGUUUUUCUCUCUUCUGCUAAAAGAAUGUAUUUUCAGCUUUCAGUUGUCGUUUUGCUGUACUUUUCCAUAAUUUGUGCUUUUUGUUUUUUUGGUCUCUUUAUUUCCAUAUGUUGACGAUUUUGUCCCGCAACUUUUGGGAGAAAAAGGCAUGUUUUAUUGUGUUAUUUUUUUUUAUGGAACAAAGAAGUGUGACUAAUUUAAGACUUUUUGAGAGCAAACUGGUCUGUUGACACCUCUAUGUUUUUUUUAAUAAAAUCAAAAGCUGGAUGAUAA